CUGUAUUGAUGAUUGCUGUGGAGAAAAAGCAUAUGGAUUGUUUCCAUGCACUUGUAGAUCAUGGUGCCGAUGUAAACGCUACUGAUGUAGAGGGAAAGACAGUAUUGUCUCUAAUAAGUGGUUUCGCCAAUAGAGAUUGUAUUGAAAUAUAUUGCAUUCUAAAAUUAAAUGAUGCAAAGGAUAAUAAUUUUGAAAGACUGAUGUCACUGAACAAAAACGCAUCGACCGACCAGCAAAACGUCGCAAGUCAACAAUUAGAUGAAUCGAACAGCAGGUCAAAACUUUCUUUAAAACAUCGAGCAAGGCAUUCGAUACAUCUCACUCGAAUAACAAGUAAAAGCGGUUACAAACACAUAAUCAAAGAUUUGAUCGACAAUGGGCAUUUACCAUAUUCGAUGAACUCAUUCAUGCUGUUUGAAGAUGACAUUAGAGAGAUGAUGGAAGUUCUGACUGAACUCCAUGGCCGACAUGCAGAGGCAACCGAAGCUAAAGCUGUGUUAGAACGACAGUACGAAAAGGAAGUUCAACUGGCCAAAAAGUUCCGAGGAAGAUCAAUAGAGGAACAUUUUCUUUCUGAGGAACUACUACAAAGAGAAAAGGAACACGAAAAGAAAGUUCAACUGGCCGAAACUCGGCGAGAAAGAUCACUAGAGGAACAAAUUCCUUUUGAGGAACUACUACCAAGAGCAAAGAAACUACUUAGAAGGAUCCCCGAAGUUAAAUUCUAUGGGAUGCGAGAAGAUGGUUUCUACACAAUCCACGUAGUUGAUGGGCAAAUAGAUAAAACAGAACGUUUUAUCAAGAAGCAUAUACCUGGAUAUAGGUUCAAUUUUGUACCCUGGAGAAGAGAAGAACGAAUUCAGCUUUUAGGAUGUACAGGGGCGCCUCUCCAUAUCAGGGAAAAAGACGAUCCCACAUCGGAGUUCAUAACCAAGCCAUAUGGAACUCUAGGUGGACUUGCCUCAAAUGCAGUAAAUGAAAAUGUGUAUGCGCUAACAGCUAGCCAUGUUGUUACAGCGAAAAGAAAUCCCUUGCUAAAACAGGACUUUAUAACUUGGUUGAAGGAUGAUCAAUCUGAUAUACGUUCCAUAGGAAGGGAAGUUCCAUACCAGAUACCACUCAGACUUGAUCCUGACGAUCCCCUAGACGGUAUUGAUAUUUCAUGUGAUGAUGAUAUUGUUUACGAUGACGAUGAAGGUGAAGAUGAUCCCCAAUUUGACAUUGCUUUGAUCCAAAUAAGCGAUCAACAUCAAGACAUUAAGCAACAAUGUGA